AGAGUGAGAAGACAUCAACUAAUCCAAUAGCAUCAAUAUUCGCUUGGUCAAGGGCUCUCAACCAACGGGCUAUACUCGAUGAUAAUUCUAGAUUAAAGCACUUUGCUCAGGCUCUAGAAGAGGCAUGUAUUGAAUCUGUGGAAGCUGGAUAUAUGAGUAAAGACUUGGCGAUAUGUGUAGCUGGUACAUCAAAGGUAUCCUCUGAACAAUAUCUAACUAGUGAGGAUCUUAUUGACUACUUCUCUGAAAGAUUAAAGGUAAAGUUGGCGAAACCAUUAAGGAAACGUUAUGCACUUGUUGGACCUCGUUUGGACCCUCCACAAUACAAAUCUGAGGAUCAGUAA